CGGGCCUGGCGCCGGCGGCGGCGGAGGGGGCGCCGCGGGCGGGCGAUGUGAGCGCGGCGCUCUCCGCAGCAAAUAAAAGUGCUCAGUGGACAUACAUAUCCUGAUAAGCUAUUAUUACGCUUCAUGUCAGUAGAAAUGGACAGCAGCAGUUUUAUUCAGUUUGAUGUGCCCGAGUACAGCAGCACCGUUCUGAGCCAGCUAAACGAGCUCCGCCUGCAAGGGAAACUAUGUGACAUCAUCGUCCACAUUCAGGGUCAGCCGUUCCGAGCCCACAAAGCAGUCCUUGCGGCCAGCUCCCCCUACUUCCGGGACCAUUCAGCAUUAAGUACCAUGAGUGGCUUGUCAAUAUCAGUGAUUAAAAAUCCCAAUGUGUUUGAACAGUUGCUUUCAUUUUGUUACACUGGAAGAAUGUCCUUGCAGCUGAAGGAUGUUGUCAGUUUUCUGACUGCAGCUAGCUUUCUUCAGAUGCAGUGUGUCAUUGACAAGUGCACGCAGAUCCUAGAGAGCAUCCAUUCAAAAAUCAGUGUUGGAGAUGUGGACUCUGUGACCGUCGGUGCGGAAGAGACUCCAGAGAGUCGUAAUGGAGUUAAAGACAGCAGCUACUUUGCCAACCCGGUGGAGAUCUCCCCUCCAUACUGCUCUCAGGUACGGCAGCCUACCACAAGCAGUGAUCUUCGGAUGGAGACGACACCCAGCAAAGCCUUGCGCAGCCGUGUACAGGAGGAAGGGCACUCGGACCGAGGGAGCAGUGGGAGCGUCUCUGAGUACGAGAUUCAGAUCGAGGGGGACCAUGAGCAAGGGGACCUGCUGGGGAGGGAGAGCCAGAUCACUGAAGUGAAAGUGAAGAUGGAAAAGUCUGACCGUCCCAGCUGUUCCGACAGCUCCUCCCUGGGAGACGAUGGCUACCACACCGAGAUGGUUGAUGGGGAACAAGUUGUGGCCGUGAAUGUGGGCUCCUAUGGUUCUGUGCUCCAGCACGCCUACUCUUACUCCCAGGCAGCUUCACAGCCAGCCGGCGUAGCUGAAGCUUUUGGAAGUUUGAGUAAUUCCAGCCCAUCCAGAUCCAUGCUGAGCUGUUUCCGAGGAGGUCGUGCCCGCCAGAAGCGGGCUCUGUCUGUCCAUCUGCACAGUGAUCUGCAGGGCUUGGUGCAGGGUUCCGACAGUGAAGCUAUGAUGAAUAACCCCGGGUUUGAGAGCAGCCCCCGGGAGAGGAGUGCAAGAGGUCACUGGUACCCGUACAAUGAGAGGUUGAUCUGUAUUUACUGUGGAAAGUCCUUCAACCAGAAGGGAAGCCUUGACAGGCACAUGCGACUCCAUAUGGGAAUCACCCCCUUUGUGUGCAAGUUCUGCGGGAAGAAGUACACGCGGAAGGACCAGCUGGAGUACCACAUCCGGGGCCAUACCGACGAUAAACCAUUCCGCUGUGAGAUCUGCGGGAAGUGCUUUCCAUUCCAAGGUACCCUCAACCAGCACCUGCGGAAAAACCACCCUGGCAUAGCUGAAGUCAGGAGUCGCAUCGAGUCCCCUGAGAGAACAGAUGUGUAUGUGGAACAGAAACUAGAAAAUGAUGCGUCGGCCUCAGAGAUGGCCCUAGAUUCCCGGAUGGAAAUUCACACGGUGUCUGAUGCUCCUGAUUAAGAUGGUAAAGAAGUGCACCCCACAAAGCACAUUAAUCAACGCCUGUUUGUGAUUUGCUUUGUUGUAACCUUUGGUUUUCCCAACCAUCUGGAAAUCUCUUGGUCUCUUGGCAGUUUUUCUAAGGUUUCUGGAAGGAACACUUCAUUGUGUUUAUCCUUUCCCCCGCCCUCCCUCCCUCAAGGAGCUCAAAGCAUGAAGGGCAGCGUAUCCAGGGAAAACACAGGCUGACAGUAUUCCUCUUUGGCUGAACUCUUCAUCCAAAACCUGCCAGUGAUUUAGCUAUGCCAACUGGUUGACCCUACAUUCUCUGCCAAGAGGCAUACUCUCCCAUUGUGUGCACUGGCACCAGUGCAUUUCCAUGGAGGGAGACUGGGAUGCCGUCAGCUGAUACAAAUGGGUAACCUUUUCUAAUUUAAAAUUACUUUUAGGGGGUAGUUAGACAAUUUUUAUAUAUAUAUAUAUAAUAAAGCAAUUAUUAUAUAUAUAGUAUAUAUACAUUCUCAAAUUUGAUUUUAUUCUGGUUGAGGUGAAUGUAAGAGGAAUAUAUAAUUUAAUACAAUGUGAACAGGGCUUUUGACUCUGUCUCGCCCCUACCUAAUAUGUUAGGGUUUUGCCCCUUUAUUUCCCUUAUAAAAGAAUGUUAAUAGGUUUUCAAAUAUAUUAAUCAUUGUGUCCAAAAGCAAGCAAAGCAAAUCACAGUGUUCAUAGCUCUGCUUCAUAACAAAUACAUAAACCAAAUGCCAUAAAAUGUAUUCAACUCUAGUUGGAAACCAUUUGGAAUUUUUGUUAGUUGUCCAGUAGGUAAGCUGGAUGACCCGUGGUGCUGACCUUUUUACAUACAGUAGUGUUAUAUUAGUCAACCCCAAAGGAGCAGUGGUUUUCAAUGUUUUUACUGGCCUAUGAAUCUACCUUCAUUCCGUACUGUAGAAACAUACCAGGUAACUAAAUCGAAUCACUCUCUACCGUGAGUUAGUACUCGCACUAAAGGAAAGGGAUUUGUAGUUCUGUCUACAAAAUUCUCCAAGCAGUGUUGUGGUUUUUUUUCUUCUUUCUCUUUUCAAACAGCCAGUUCAGGUGCACAGCAACUUUUUCUACAUGCAGUUCCCAGGGAAACUGCAGAACUUGGAAUUUGUACUUUUUGUAAAGAUAUACUCUAUGGGAAUUGCAAGCAAUAUAUCUAUCUUAGUAUUGUGUGAGCUGAUGAGAGCCUCCGUGGCUCCCCCGCUCUCUCAGUGUUUCCUGCUUGAAGAAACCAACAGUUAAAAAGCCCUCUAAGAUACUCUGUGUGUCACCAAAUCUCUGUGUGUCACCAUUUUUUUGGUCACGUGGUGCUAUUUUUAUGUUAUGUAUCUUUUAGGUCAGUAUAGUUGUAGAAAAUGUGAAAUCUAAUGGUAAAAGUGAAUUAUAAUUUUUUUCCUCUCUUGAGUUUAUAGCUUGAAAAAAGACCUCAAAAGCAUGUGCUGGCAAACACAUUACUGUAUAAAAACAUACCCGAGUCCUAUUUGGAUAAUGUUUUAUUAGUACUUGAGGAAGUGUCUUCAGUUUUAUAUUUUGUUCACCCAUGUGCUCCUAGUAUACAAAACGGGCUUUAUGAGAUUGCCCUGGUACUGUGUACUCCGGCAGAGAGUAAUGUUGUAAGCAGUUUGGUGGUGAGUUUGUGCUGCAGGCUGUCGGUAAGAUGUCAGCACUCCAGGCUCUCUGCUUGAGAACCUUGGCCCUGAAACUCACAACUAGUGUGUCUCCACGGGAGAAGAGCACAGACCACCUAAGAGAAAAACAAAAGCGAAAUUCGGACCAACCUCAGAGGCUAGGAGUUAAAGGAAUACAAAAGUAGAUGUUUGCUGGUUUUCCGUGCUUUUUUGGCUCUUAAAAUACCAAGAAUGG